AUGAACUGUGUGUUCUGGAUAUUCUAUGGUUUACCAAUUGUUCAUCCUGAUAGCCUUCUUGUUGUUACCAUCAACGGCAUUGGUCUCGCCAUGGAGUUGAUCUAUCUAUGCAUUUUCUUCGUCUUCACCAGCCCCAAAAAUAGAAGAACCAUUCUGCUUUUUCUUCUGGGUGAGAUAGCAGUGUUUGCUGUUAUGGUUGUCUUAACACUCCAUUUCUUCCACUCCCACCAAGCAAGAUCCAUGUUUGUGGGUGUGGUCUGUGAUAUCUUUGGUAUCAUUAUGUACGGAUCCCCUCUGUCUAUCGUUAGAAAGGUAUUUAAAACAAAGAGUGUAGAAUUCUUGCCAUUUUGGCUGUGCUUCGCUGGUUUCAUGAAUGGACUCUUCUGGUUUACGUAUGCUUUCCUCAAGACUAUUGAUCCCUAUCUCGCUGUUGGAAACGGAAUUGGAGCACUUCUAGGGUUGAUUCAGCUCUGCGUAUAUGUAUAUUUUAGCCAUUUCGGGAAGGCACGACAAGGUGUUAUGCCAUCUGAAGUGCCACUCGAGUCCGCCGGAAUAGAUUGGAAGCCAUCAGCACCACCCCUCUGA